UGGGAGCUCAUAGACAUGGACCGGAGCGACGGGCAAGUGUUCACCUUUAGGCUGGAAUCCAGCAUUGUCAGCAGUCCAUGUCAAAGUGAACUUCUGGCCUUCAGGGGAAACCCAUUCGUCAUCGCCGCUGUCUUGGCCGUAGCCGCCGCUGUUCCAUCCAGCUACAAAGCUCCCAGCUACCCAGCCCCAAGCUACCCCGCACCAAAGUACCCCGCACCAGCCUACUCCGCCCCUGCCUACCCCGCACCAGCUUACUCCGCACCAGCCUACAAGGAUAACAAGUACGCUGACAUCACCGUCACCAGCCAAUCUGAUGAACGCAACAUCGAUGGCAGCAGCCAAUGGAGCUACGCCCAGUCUGACUACACUACCCGCGAAGAAUCCCAAGUCCAGAAGAAGAUGCAAGGAGUCGCUUACGAUUCUUACGGAAAGGCCACCUACGAAGAUGUUAUGGGCAACACCAACAAGGGAUCCUCUUACUGGGUUUCCCCUGAAGGCGAGAAAUUCACUUUGACCUGGACCGCUGAUGAUGCCGGAUUCCAGCCCAAGGGUGCCCACUUGCCCGUAGCCCCCGUCCAUGAAUACGAGCUCCCAGUUGCUCCCGUCCAUGAAUAUGAGCUCCCCGUUCACAUCCCCUUCAAUGGCAAGGGUUACAAGAUUUACUAGAUUUCCCGACAAAUGAUUUAAUAUUUAAAGUAUGUCCGAUAGUUUCUGUAUAUCUCGUCUAUCGCAAGCGCGGAGUAAAUAUAAAUGCAAUCAAUCUA